GAGAUACAGACUAUAGCAGCUUCUGUGAUAGAAUCCCUAGCUCUUGUGCGCUCCGUCCUGCGCACGUCAGCAGAACGUGUUACGGGCCGAGAAGCGUCCCCAGUGCCGCGUUCACCGCUUUGCUGGACUGAAAGUGCGUCCAAUCGAUAUAUGCGAAUUGGCAACGAGUAAUCGGGUCCGCAGUCGUAAAGCCCUAGACGGACAGGCGGCUGGCGCGUGCUUGUGGGUUCGUUAAGGACUUACAAAGGAGAGCUUAAUGAUUCGUAUAGUCUCAGGCCCGGCACGACUGUUGCCAGCCUCGUCGGCGACACGCGGCGAUGUCUCGACGGUUCUCUGCCCGUCGUCGUUACUAGCUGCAGCCGAGGGACCUCUUAGGACAGGAGCGCUCAGCCAGGCGUCAUGCUCUGGCCGGAGCGCCGGUGUAAGGCAGGCCCAACGGCGCCGCAGCGGUGACACACAGCUGCUGCGGGCCAUCGCGCCCCCCUCCGCCCCGGCAGCGGGCAGCCGUUUGGGCGACAACUGCGAGGCUGUUAUGCAAAGUCUUCGUGAUGUAGGCAACCUUCGCAACUGCCUGGGGAAGGAGCUUUUGCCGGAGGAGAUAGCCUCGGUGACGAAGUGCCUCGACUCGGCGCAUUUGGGCGUUGACUCAUGCAUGGUGGACGGGCUGCCAGCGCUUCGGCGCCACCUGAUGCGCUACCUGGCUGAAGCUGCGUCCAGUCAGACUGAUGACCUGGAGCUGGUUGAGGGCGCCAUGCUGCUAGUGGAACAGCUAGCACUCGCACUGGGCGAUGACGGCAACGACAGCAGGAAUAGCGCCACCGACAACCGGCGCAGCUUUCGCGGGCGGCAGUGGCAGACGCUGGUCACCAGCGGUGGUGGCUUCUUCGGUGGCGGCAGGCUGCAGUACGUGCCCAUCAUCGAGCUGUUUGAGGUCUCCGAGGACGGCCAGCGCUUCCGCAUGGAGACCAAGGCCGGGCCGCUGUACACGGUGGCCAGCGGCGCCGUGAGCUGGGCGGAGGGUCGGCCGCUGGAGCAGCUGCGCUACGUGGUAUCGGAGCUGCGUGCUGAGCUGGCGGGUUGGCUGUCGCUGCCCCUGCCAUCGCCGGGCAACGACAACGAGCUGGUCGUGUUCGCGUGUGAGCCGCCCGCCACCGCCGCCGUGUGCGACCUCAAGCCGCCCGGCGAGGACGCGCCGUCCGGCAUUGCCCUGGCGCGCAGCCCCCACGGAGGGCUGCAGCUAAUGGGCCGGCCGGUGUGAGAGCGUCGGGGUGAGCCGACGGGGGACCGGCACGGUGACAGCGACAGUGAUGACAAGCGCGCGUGUGCGCUUAUGACUAUGCUAGCAGAUGGAGUGAGGGAGAAGAGAGAGCAUUGAUGCAGCCAAAGAGAUAGAAAUUAAUGACGGCUUCCGCUCAGCCGCUUUGGUUAUGUACCGCAAGGGUUCACAGCAAGGGUUCACAGCAAGAGCACGUCACUUGCACCGCUGGGCUUGAGCAGCUGGCACGGUGUAUAUACACAGUAGAAAGAGAGAUGUUGCAAUUGAUGUUGUUGUUGUUGCGCGCAUCAACGUCGUCCGUACAGGGUGGUGUGCUAGCAGUCGCGUGUAGCGGCGACACAUCUCACGGCGCCAGCAGCUGUGGCUUGGCCGUUGAGAGCAACUGCGAGGCACUGGGUGCGCAUGUGGUUGCUGUGGGAUUUGGUCAACUCCCAUUUGUUUAGCCUGGACCUGCUGGAGCCCCCCUGGUCCAAUGCAGGGCUGUAGUGGCUGGGAGGAGGCUGGGUGGUUGUGGCUACCAUUCGUGUCAAAGCACUUGCAGCAUGUUGUAGACGGUAGUCUACAGUCAAGAUACCCAGGCGGCAACGAGGAUGAGGCGGGCGGCAGCUGAGCUUGUCUGCUAGUGAGCGGACAAGACCAACUUGACGUUGUGGCAACCAAAGGCUGUGCAUUGCAUGCCGGUGCUUGAGACGUGCUUCUUGGUUGUUUAGGAGUAAGGACACGAAGCGCAGUGCAGCAAUGGAGCACGUGGGUCGGUGGGUGCCUGGGUAGCAGGCAGCUACGGUACGAGCCUUGAGGCUGCCCGAGGAUUGCCGAACUGUAGGUUGAUGCUAUUCAGGACUUGAGUAGUGGACCUCGCGCCGCAGCAGUAAUCUGCCUACUGUUCGUGCUGGAAGUCACAGGCCCCGGUGAACCGCCAGCGGACAGGUAGUGAAGGGCGGUUCUUGUGGGCGGCUGGAUAGGGCUGGAUCUCGGCGAGGCAGCUCUCCUUGGAGCCGUGGAGGUAGCACAGGUGUACUGGGCAUGGCCGCGUGACCCCGUGGCGUGACCCUGCGUGAUAAAUGUUGUUGCGCCAUAUCAACUACCCCGAGCAUACACAUUGGAUUGGAGCAUUGUGACAUUUCCAUACAUAUAUACGUCCAACAACGCGAUGCCUCGCACGGUGCCGCUCUGGCUUUGGGCCGAACACGCUGCGCUGUUAGCAAUAAC